CGCCUGCGCGGGAGCGCGACGGCCGGGGCUCGGCGGCGGGCCGGGCAGGGCGCGCGCCGGGAGAGGAGGAUGCGCCCCGCGGAUUUGCCAGUUCCUGUAUGCUGAUGGGAAUCGUGUUCUGGCUCCUUGUCAGUGCUAUAGAAGAAGCUGAUGCUCUGAACAGGGUUCCUGUAGUCAUUAAGCUCACCCCUGAUGAUGCAAACUGCUUUGAGAAGAGUCCAGAGCGGAAGCUGCUGUUCUUAAACCCAUCUGCAAAUUUGAGAGGGGGAAGUGAGAAGAUGAGCAUGGAAAACUCAUAAGGAAAUGAAGCUUGUGAGCCCAGGGGACGAGAGAGUGUGGAUUGCCUCCUGCCUUGCCUCUUCUCCCAGCCGCCUGCAGUGAGCUCUCACGUGCCAGAGGACGACGGUGGAGGAGAGCAGCCACGUGAAGCUGGGGUGGUGGGGGUGAGCCAGAGGGUAUUCCACUGGUGGGCUGUGAGAACUGAGGGUCCCCACCACCCUGCAGCAGAGACAACUGGCUCCUGCCAGGUAAAUGCCUUCAGGGGAGUGGACAACUCCAGCUGAACUGAUGAAUCUUGGCACCCGAUACAAGGCUCAGCUUCUGAUAUGAAGAAGGAUAUAGAGUCUUUAAUAGCCCAGGAAAAAGCAGAAAUCGUCGCCAAGUAUGAGAAGGGCAGACAGGAAGGAGCUCAGAUUGACCAGUGGGAAGAUGCCGAUUUCACGCUCUACAAAGUUACAGACCGGUUUGGAUUCCUGCACGAGCAGGAGCUGCCAACCCGCACCGCCUUGGAGGAGAAGCAAAAACAGCAGGAAAUAGAACGUGUGGACAAGUGGCUUAAGAUGCUGAAGAAAUGGGGCAAAUACAGAAACAGUGACAAGAUGUGCCGGCGUGUGUAUAAAGGGAUCCCGCUUCAGGUGCGAGGCCAGGUCUGGUCACUUCUGCUGGAUGUUGAGAAGAUGAAGAAGGAGAAUGAAGGAAAGUAUGAGCAAAUGAAAGAACAAGCGAAGAGUUUUUCAUCGGAAAUCAAGCAGAUAGAUUUGGAUGUUAACCGCACCUUCCGAAACCACAUAAUGUUUCGGGAUCGCUACGGUGUGAAGCAACAGGCACUCUUCCACGUCCUGUCAGCAUACUCGGUUUAUAACACUGAAGUGAGCUACUGCCAAGGGAUGAGCCAGAUUGCAGCCAUCCUCCUGAUGUACUUGAACGAAGAGGAUGCGUUCUGGGCACUGGCACAGCUGCUUACCAACCAGCGCCACGCCAUGCAUGGUUUUUUCAUUCCUGGGUUCCCGAAGCUGCAGAGGUUUCAAGCCCAUCAUGAGCAAAUUUUAAACAAACUCUUCCCCAAACUGAAGAAGCACAUGGACAAGGAGCAGAUGACUACUGGGAUUUACACAACCAAGUGGUUCCUGCAGUGUUUCAUUGACCGGACUCCAUUCACUCUGACCUUGCGGCUGUGGGAUAUCUACAUCCUGGAAGGGGAGCGGGUGCUGACGGCCAUGGCUUACACCAUCCUCAAACUGCACAAAAAGCGUUUGCUGAAGAUGACACUGGAAGAUUUACGUGAAUUUCUGCAGGAGAAAAUUGCUGCUUCCCUGCAGUAUGAGGAUGAUGCUGUCAUUGAGCAGCUGCAGGUGUCAAUGACUGAGCUACGCAAGAUGAAAUUUGACCUGCCCCCACCAGCAAAGCCUGAGGAGUUUCCAAGGAAACCCCUGGGCCUGGAGCUCUCCCUCAACCCAGUAGCCAUAAAGGAAAACGCAGCAGCCAAUGGCCAGAAUGGCCGGGUGGGUGAGCACACUCCAGACAGGGAGCCCCAUCCCCACAGAGUUCCUGGCACACCAGGAGGAGUGACAGUGGUGGAAGCGAGGAUUCCAACCUCCCAGGGUAGUGAAGCAGCUGAAGCAACGAACGUGCUUGAUUCGGGUGGGCGGCCACCGGAUGAGGAGGGUCAGGUGGAGCACAUCCUGGAUGGGCAGCCAUCAUCUCUUCUGAAGGCAAGCGAGAUGCAAGCCCAGCAACACCUCCUGCCCACGGUCCUGCCUCCAGAGCAGCCUCUUCUUGCUCCUGGCUGUGCCGUGGUGGACCAUGGAGUCUCCCUCCAUGCCCCAGAUGAGUACAGCUCCUUAGAUUCCUCUCUCCAAAACAGGCCGGCUCCUCCUGACUCCAGCACCGUUGAGCUUUCCGCUAUGGACCAGGCAGUGUGGGAGCCAAAUCCCACUGUCCUGCCAGCAGAACAGGCAUCUUCCCUGGGCAGAGACGCAGUGCUCCAAGCAGCCCCCCAUCCUCUGCCAGCCGGCUGCCGGCAGCUCUCCUGCACAUCACAGAGCGAUGGCUCCCCUGAGAGCGAGCGCGGGGAGGAGGCUGCGGAUGACAGGCACUGCAGGGCGGUGCUGCCGGACAAAACAGGCCUGAAGUGCUCAGCAUCCAAAGCUGCAUCCACAGGAGAGCUCCUCAGCCUGCAGCACAACGGGCUGGGCAGUGGCACCGGCACCACGUGCUGGCCCGAGGCCGUGCUGCCUGCGCAGAGGUGGGCAGGGGGCAGUGUGCCCAUCUUGUCCAGCAGAGAGCCGGAGGCAGCAGGGCCAGCCGAGGUCUGCCCCGCCCAGCGGGCACCGUCCCCUGUGGUGGAAGGGAACAGCCCCUACGUUGUUAUCAAAACCACCACUCCCCUCCACCUGGCCCAUGCGACAGAGCAGGACUUCUUGAACAGAAAGCAGGUGGCAUUGCCUCUGACAGAGACUGGACAUCCCCUGCCUACCACCUCCAUGCUGCCACCUCUUACGCCAGACCCAGAGGAGGUAGAGGUCCAGAAAAGCCUCCAGAAACCAUUAAAUGCACUGAAAACCCCAAGACCCCCAUUGAGCCCCAAACCAAAAUUACUGCCACAGGUUGCCAAAUCCCACUCAGAGAACAGUUUCCUUUCAGGCUCUUCAUCCCUGGCAAAGCUGCCCAAAUCAGUGACAUUCUAGUCGGGAUGGGGAAGGGGAAGUUAAGGGAGAAGAAGUGGCUUCUGGAAAAGCACCCUUGCCCCAUCUACAGGAUCCCCUUCUGUCAGCAGGGCUGUUGGGGUGACAGCACAGCACCAUCGCACGUCAAGCUGUGCUUUGGUACGAGCAACCAGUGAGGAGACAAAGCGGUGGCCACCAGUGCUAGGAGACACCAGCAGAUUGGAUUUGCAUGUUUCCUAAGGACAAAUUGGAAAAUGCUUUCAUUUUCUGUUCCCUAAAGGUCCCCAAGCUUCAUCACUUGGGGGAAGAGGCAGGGCUGGUGAGUUUGUUGCUUAUUUUCUCCUGCUCCUGUCUGCUGUGGAAACCCAUGACCAAGCAAGCAGGCACAAGGUGUUGGAGUCCGAAAUGCUUUCUUUCAAAUGCCCCAUCGGCGCAGCCACAGCAUUGCUUUCAAAGGCCUUUGUAGCAAUAGAUCUUUAUUUCAUUUCCCAGACCUGCAGUUGUAGGCAGCAGAAUUUCCAGGCAGUGCUAUGGCAUCCUGGCAGGACACAGGCAGCCCGCUGCCCCCUCUAUGCAAUUCCACAAAACAGUGCCCAGCUGUAUCUGGCUCCUGCUGCUGUGGUGGAUGGUGUUCAGAAGGACAGAUUUAACAGCUGCUGAGUCCCUGGGACAUCUCCUUGGUGUCACCCUGGGGGCUGCCAGCAGUGGUUCUUUCUCAAGUUCUCAAGGUGACAAGGACAGUGAUGAAGGUGGAGCCUGGUCUCAAGCUGAGUGCCCUUUCUGCUGGCCUUUCCUUUGCAGGGCCAGUGCGGCGAGCGGGCUCGCUGCCUUUCUGUUCCCUGAACAGGAAAAGGGGCUGCUGGCUUGGGAAACCUGCCUGCACUACCAAGCUGCUGGAGGUGUGAGGACAUCUAAUCAUAGUGCCCCAGAUAAGUCCACUUUUGCUUUGAGUAAGCUAAGUGUCAGAGUGGAAGGGGCCUAGGAAUUGAGGAAGGGGGAGCACAUUGCCCAGAAUCUGAUCUUAAACCUUCUGAUUGAGCCCACACAGGGGCUUCCUUGAGUAAGGAAACUUGGGCAUGAUGGGUGCCCACAUGCCCCCUUGCCCUUCAUGCACCAAGUCCUAGAGGUCCAUCUCCUCCCCAUCCCAGGGUGCUGCUGCUGCACAGCCCAGGCCAUUGGCUGGAGGUGUGCAGGGGUCUGGGGAGACACCUCAUAGAAAGAGCUGGUCCAAAAUUCUGGUUCCAGCAUGUACUUCAUCCCUAGAGGUGAAGGGACUUCAUCAGGAAGGCAGAUCAUUGAAAAAGCAGGAGGUAGUCCAGAUAUGCUGGAUUUGACUUUGCUGCCCAGAAGGGGUAUCUGCAAGUGCUGCCUUAGGUGGGACUGCAAGUGUGAUUUCCAUUCCUUCAACAGAGAUCCUGGGCAAAAGCUCCUUUAAGUUCUAGGGAGACUUUGAAUACUAUUUUUUUAUCUCACAGGCUGCUUCAAUUGCAUAACCUGAUCUAAAGCCUACCUGAAAGCCUAGCAGAAAACUUCCAUUAAAUUACUUUGUGGGUUCCAGGAGCUGGACUUUAUGAUCCUGGUGGAUCCCUUCCAACUCAGCAUAUUCUAUGGUUCUAUGAUUUAUCAGGGUUUAUUUUGGCUUGUGUACGUGUGGUGGUUUAUGUUUGCAGCAGGGAGUGUCAAAGGGAGCACUGGAUCUUUGUUUGGAUGUAGCCAGCCAGACCACAGCACCCUCAGUUUUCAUUGGAACCCCAGCUCUGUCCCAGGCCCCAUCUUCCACUGAGCCUCCAACCUUGCCCAUCCUCUCCCUCUGUAGAGCAGGGAUACCCCUAUUAGCUACCUCGCAGGGUGUUGUGAGGAGUCAAGCAUUGCUGUUUGAGGAAAAGUGCUCUUUGAAUGUUCAGUAUUUGUGUUUUGAGACACCACAGGUCCUUUCUAGGACAAUGGUGCUUGAAUUGUUUUUCAUUUAGAGUAUGUUUUCAGUAACUGUGCGUAGUUAAGCGUAUUUGUGUGCUAAAAUGCCUGAGCAGUAUUUCAGGACAGAUAUCCACUGCCUUUUGCUAGCAGCCCACUGGCCACAGGAGCUCACUGGGAAGCAACAAGAAGCAUCUGAGAGCUGUUGGUCACAUCUUGGCUUGGCUUCUGUAGCUUGGGCGCUCUGUCCUCUCCUUGAAGCCCACAUAAGAUUCCUUCUAAUGCAUCUCGAGCAUCAUGCAUGCAAGAGCUGAGACCUCUUUCCCCUUGUUUUAACCCAUUUUUCCUCAUUUUAGGCACAAAGCCUUUGCACAUCACGUUGCUUGUGCACCUGGACUCCUCGCGCAGUGUGUGUCUGGGAUGUUUUGCAGUAUUAACAUUUAGAAAGGUGGUUUGCUUUAAUUUUGGAGAGCUGUCAAAUGCACUGUAUUCAUUGCAUGGCAUUUGGUUCAUGACGUUCAACCUGAAUUUUGACAGGGCAAAGGGUGGGGGUUGUCCUUCCCUCCAAGCCCUAAUGGGAAUGAGCAGCAAGGUCCUCAGUCAUCUUCAGGCCUGGGGAACCACCAGCCAUGUGCAUUGCUGUCCUUGGUGUGAUGCUCUCACUUGAACACAUCAAUACAUGAUCCCUAAGGAGAUGCCCACUCCUGUCUCCUCCUCUGCCUCUUGCUGCAGACAAAGCUGCAGCCAUGGUGGGUCUGUGGCAGCAAGGCCUGGCCCAGCCCCAGCUCUUUUAUUGAAUUUUGGGAAUAGGAAGGGAAGGAGAAGAAUGAGGUGGCAGCUCAGCAGGACAAAUUACCUAAUGCAAGCCACCUGCAGCCCUGCCCAGCCCUGCAAGAGUCUCAACCCCUCAGCAAAAACUACUCUUACUAUGAGCAAAGGUGGGAAAGCAGCUCCCCCCAUCCUUGCUCUUGCAGCCCUGAGACAACUCUGGCCUUGCUGCCUUCCAUGUAAAGGUAAAGACCAAUGCUGUGGGUUUGGGUCUUUUAGGUUUAGUGUGUUUUUCUUUGUGUUGUUUGUUUGUGAUAGAGCACUUUGAGUGGUUGCAGCACUGGCAGGCAGCAGGAGCCACAGGACCCAGCUCCAGCAGGGGCCAGAGGUUUCUUGGCCAUGCACUUUGAGAGCCUGGCUACCAUCUGCUUUCCUUUUUAUUUGCUAUUCUUGUUUACAGCAUGGAAUGCUUCUUCCAUGACUCUUUCUAAUGUAUUGUAAUUAUUACUUUUAAGAAAAAAAACAUUUUUAUGUCUGCUUUUUUGUUUGCUCAGUUUGUUUUUUUAAAAGGAAGGUUUUUUUGGGGGAAAAAAAGCCAGUCAUUCCUUUUUUCACUGAUCCAAACUGUCCAGAGAGUUUGAUGCUGUGUUUUACAUGGUUGUAAUAUUAAUGGUUAAAGAAGUUUAGCAUAAAUUCAGACUCUGCGAGGUUUCUUACAGGAACAGAAGCUGCAACCAGAAGACUGGUUGCCUUCUCCUGAUGACUUUUAGCUUGGUCCACUGGGUAUGCUUCAGCUACAACAGGUACAUCCUGCUCCAUCUUUGCUUUCCUCCCUAAUUUUCUACAGUAAUUAAAUCCAGGCAUCCCCAGCAGCAGUGGAAAGAAAAAUGUUCCUUUCUACUUACCACCAUCCUCUCCUAGCUGAGCAAAGGGCAGCAUCCCUUCUGACACAUGGCUGCCAAACAGCAGCACUGCUGAAGCUUGUUUUUUGGCCAAGAUUUUGUGUUUGGAGUUUGUUUUCCUGCCUGUAGGCAGUGUAGGGAGGGUUGGACGGGACAGGGAACGGGUGGACACAGCUCCUUGCACAGCAGGUGGGUGGGUGGGUGCGACUCACACUCAUGAGUCAGGGCUGAGUCACGGUUACAGCAGUCACUGGGAGCCUAAGGUGGUGCUGCUGACAGCUGAAGAUGCAUUUUAAAAAGCUGUGAGUGAGCAGUACCUCUGACACACCCCAGAUUUCAUGGCCAGGGCUUCCUGGGCUUAGAUGACCAUGGUGCUAUUUCCUUUGACGUGUUCAAUAAGAGCAGUGUUCUGGCUCCCAUGAGAGAAAGCUGCCACUCGAUGUUAAGCAGCAUGUUUAUGGUUAACACAGGGCAUCGGUCUCUGCCAUGGUAGCACAGAGGGCCCAAAGGCUGACAGCAGACAGAGGGGCCAGAAUUAGCUAAAUGGCACCCUAAGAUUUAAGAGCAGUGCCUGAAAUUGGAAUCCCCAUGUGUCUGUUACCCACUGAGUGCUAUAGGCUGGUCUUCCUGCUUCCAUCACUGCCCUCCGUCUCAUCUAAGAGGUCAAACAGGAACAAAAAUUGCUCUCCAGUGCCCUUAAAUUAGCUCAUUUAUAUUAACUGGUUAAAACCUGGUCUGAAACACCACAGAAAAACAAAAAGAAAGCUCUAGCACCACUGAACACCGCAGUGUUUACUGGUACAGAAGCACCCUGAGGAUGCAGCUUUUGGCACAUCUCCUGUGCCAUUUCACACUGGAUGCCAGCACAGCGAUGCAGCACUCUUAACAAGGGUGAGCUCCCCAGGCUGGAAUGAAGCAAACCUCAUCACUCCUGUGUUCCAGGUGCUCACAAGCAGCCUCAUUGCAAAGCUGCUUUGUGUCACCUCCUAGCCACCAGCUCCCAUGAACCUGUUGGCUCUCAGGCAGUGCCAAGUAACAUCUGCCAUGGUUACUUACCUUGACAGGCAGUGCAGGGUUUAGAUAGGGCAUUUAUCCAACUGCUAAAACAGCAUCACUGCCAAGGAGAGAGCAGAAGUGUCCAUUAAACAGCCUUGGUUCAUUUGGUUGUUAAAAAAAAAUGGAGUGUGAUACUGCUUAUUGGUAUCCUUGAUUCCCAGACUCCAUGUACGUGCCUGGUUAUGGCCUCGUGGCUGUGGUACUCUCACCCUGUCCCUGUAGGGACCAGGGACAGGCAUGGCUCCACCACCUCCUCUGACAGCAUCCAUCCAGCUGAUACAGGAGCCACAGAGGUACCCAGCCUUGAAUUGGUGCUUGAUGGGGCUCUCAGGUAUGGUUUCGGGGUGCCAAGCAUCCACUGCAGAGAGUCCUUCCCAGGGGAAGAUGCCCACAGGUAAUCCUAAGCCCUUCCCUGCCUUACCAGAGCAGUGCAAGACCUCAGGGGAAACAUAAGCCAUGCCUGGUGUCCAGCUGCUGCCAGGAACACCAGGUCGUGGCAUGCUCCCUGCAGCAAGGAGGCAGGCAUCAGCACAGGAGGUGCUUGUGUCCCUGAAGGGAUGGGAGGGUAAACAGCCCCUGUGUCAUUCCAGCAGUACCCCUUGUCCCCUCCUGUGCCCCCCAGGGCCUGAGGGCUGCUUGCAGGAGACAAAGAGCAGGAUAAUCCCAAAGCCCAUGAUUACAGCUACCCACUUGCUGGACAGCUCUGGGACCAGUAGCAAAUGAAUGCCAUAGAUGGUGUUGAAGCUGCUGCUUAAAUUCUAGUGGUCCUAUCAGCCAGGGACUGGUCCUCUUACUGCCUCUUCCUCUGCACUUGGUAUUUGCCAGUAUUAUCUAUCCCCCUUUUCCUGGUGGAGCCACUGCUGUCGUCACAGCAGCUCUACAGCUCCCAGGGCUGGUCCCCAAGCAGAACUGCAAACUCCCCAAGCUGUGCUCAGCUCUGGUGUCCUGGCACCCCCUGUGGCUCCUGUCCUUCCUGGCUCAGGAACAGCCAAAACAGCAGCACCAGGAGGUGGGACAGGCAGCAGACCAUAUCUGUCCUCACUGGCUCUGCCAAGCCCCGGCUGUGCUCGUCACCAUCCCAGCCCACCUCCCACAACACGGAAAGCUCAUCUACCCCUGCGUGCCACCGCAAGGCUUCAGCCAGUCAGCACUGAAUAAUUGAUGCUAAGUGGAGCCUGGAGCAGAGCCAAACUGAGGGAGGGAGCAAGGCUUUGUGCUGGUUUAGGCUCUGUUCCCAGGAUAUAGCAGGGGGAGAGAGAUGGGUGUGCUGUGUCUGGCAGUUUUGUGCCCCAGCCAGUUUGGCAGAGCCAGUUAGAGUUUGGCUGGGCCUGGGGGCGUUCCUCCUCUUGGGCUCACUGUGCUGCUCACCUGCUGCUGUGUCCUACUGCCAUGGUGGUGCUGCUCUCAUGCUCCUCGUGUGCUGCAGAGGGGCCCUGGCAGUGGUGGAGGGGGGCUGGGAGCAGAGCAAGGGCACCCCCAAUCCCAGCAGCCCUUGCUAGGGCUGGUACCUUGGUUCUCCUAUGCUACAGACCCUGUACUCAACCCAUAGCAAAAGCAAAGGAGUUGCAUGUGGGGCCAGUCCCAUGUGCCUCUUCCCCUUUCCACCGGUUGCUAGUGGCCAGGAUGGUGGCUGUCGCACCAACCUCUGAGCAAUGUCACCUCCUUCCUACAGCACAUCCCCAAAUAUAAAGCAGCAUAUGGAGCAAAUGACAGCCUGGCAAUUUAAAGAGGCAUGUCUGAACCACUUCCCAAACCAUCUCCCAAAUCCUACCACCUCAGCAGCUGAGGAGGCCCACAGGGCACACACCAGCAUCCUCUUCACCUAGAAGGAUGUGGGUACCAGGACAGUGCAGGAGACAACCAAACCACAGCUGAAACAUCUCACUAGGAGAUGCGGCAGGUGAGCCCAUCCCAUGAGCAUCCUUACUCACUGGCAGCAGUUACAAAAGAGCCCAAGAUGUGGAUGGAGAAGGCUUAGAAGACGCACACAAAGACAUGAGUCCAAGGGAUUUGAGUCACUAACGCCUGGCUAUUAUUCUUCCAUACAGUAAAACAGGUUCCUCCUAAGACACAGAGAAAAGUAAACUAAGAAACUUCCAAUUUUGUCCAAAACUGGUAUGAGCUCCCUUAAAGGUACCUGUGGCUAAAUGGAAUGCAGUAUCACAAGCCCCUCUUCCAACCAUCCCAUUAAGAGCCUGGGCCACUCUGGUGCCCUGGAGGCCACUAAGCCUGGCCUCACAUCAGAGCCCUGCUCCUGGAACAUCUAAGCCUACAGACUUAGAUAACCUCAGGCCUGGGGAAGCUGAGUGGUUUUGCUUACCUUUAUGGUGAAGGCAAGAAGUGAUACAGAAAUACUGCUUAGGUUGGAAAGGUUCGCAACAGUGGCUGUAGUCCAGAAUCUGGUCUGCUCCUCUACCCAGCCACACUACAGGUGAGGAGUAUGAGGCCAGCAUUUAGUCAAGCCUGCUCUGUAAAACUCAGCCUUUCAUCCAGCUCCCCCCAUCACCACCCUCACAUCUCAGUUCUCACUCCAGCACUGAGUCAUUGCCAGCUCCUGCACAGCCCAGGUCUUUGCCAAAGCCCUCAGCAAGCACCAUGCACUCACCUGCUUUGGAGUCACCCUCUCUGCUGGCUUAGGAGAAUGCUCCUGUGGAAGCCCUCACAGACUAAAAGGUAUGAGAUCUGUUCCAGCAUUUGAUCAGCAUCUUUAAGGAUUUGUAAGCAAUUCAGGCAGUUGAUUUAGCUGCGAUGUCUCUAGAGCCCCAACCCCCCUGUAACAAGGUGUGGGGCACUUGAAUGGUGCGAGAGAAGAACAUGUAUUGGAUGUCUGUCCUGAGACAUCUGGACCUGACCAGACUAGAACAGACCUCAUCAGCUAUUCUGUCAUUUAAGUAUGGGUUCAAAGGUGGCACUCCUCCAUCACAGGAUAUGCAGUCCCAACAUAACAAGUAGGAUGCUGACUGAAGCUUUCUCAGAGCUGGUUUUCACACUGGCUGGAGAACCACAACACAGCACAUGUUUAGUUCAGCUUUGCCAUGGCCAGCUGAAGAGAUCACAACAGCCAGAGAUGAGCUGAUGUACUGAAAUUAGCAAAAAGCUUACCUCUGUGGACCCAUUUCCAGCUUCAGCUAUGCAACAGGAAUAAUCAAAAUUACUGUACAUUCUGCUCACCUAAGCUCGUGCCUCUGAAGCACAACUGAGGUACACAGCAAACUCCUUAUCAUAAGGGAAACAACUGCAGUGUCUGAAAACUCCAUCUUCCAGUCCAGGUACUUAACAAAUGUGCCUUGAAUAACUACGGGGAAAAUCAACUCCAAACCCCUCAAUUUCUCCUCCAAAUCUACAGUCACUCCAGUGAGACUGUAAUCCUGGUAUUACUUUCAGACUCAAGAAGUUCAGCUAGCAGAGAACACAUCGUGAGCUCAUGUACUGACCUCCUGCCUGUCAGAGGCCAGCAACAUGAUGUACUGUCCACAAAUCAUCAGUACCAAGAAAAAGCCCAGUCAAGAGUAACAACUCCACCUCAGAGUGAUACAAUCUGGUUUUUGCCACCAGCAAAGAUAGACCAGAUCACAGCUGAUGUAUGAGCUGUUGUGAUUUUCCUCCUGGAAAAAAGAUGCAUUAAUACACAAUUAAUACGUUUUUUGAAGAAGAGCUGUGGGGUCAAGCUUUUAGCACCUCCUUUUGCUCCUACCUACCUCCAAUUUUCAGCGUGGACUUGAACAAUGACCCAAGUCUGGAUUUCUUGUGACCUACUUACAGCAAAAAGCUACCCAGAGCCUGUGGUGGUCUGUCACUUACCAGGACUGUUUGACAAGCUUGAAAACCUUACCCUGAGUGCAGAAACCUCUCUGAAAAGGAGAGGUGCUCCUACUUCAGCUUUCUGCUGCUUAACAAACUCUUGUAAGUAGUUUGGCCAGUGCUGUUCUAGCACACCGCCAACCAAGAUGUGCCAGUUUCUUGGAACUGCAGCUAUUGCUGGCCCUGUGAAGACAACUUGGCCCUGGUGCUCUCUGGAGCUCCUCCGCUUCCUUGACCUCAGCUCCUAGUACUUGACUAUGGCAUUUGGCUCCCAGCCAGAAAUGACAGGAGUCUCUCAGUGGUUAGAGCCAUCCAGUCUGAAAGAACACCAGAGUGUUACUUCUCUGAAGGCCUCCAUUUAGAUCUAUCCCAUCCUUCACCACAGGCCUGGGGAAGAAUGGGAUAAGUUCUACUGCAGAUGAAGAGCACCAGGUUCCUAGUGCAGUGGUAACACUACCAAGCAAGGGUCCCCAUGUCAUCUUCUAGAAGGACAAAGUACCCCUGUCCUGUGGCCAGUUGUGCACAAGACGCUAACCUUAGGAACAAACCCCAGACUUCACAUUAGAAACAACUCAAGAGUGGGAGGUUUUCUGUGAGUCUCUGGUCCAGUCCCACCAUGUAACACCAGGCUCAGCAUUUUCAGCAAUGCUCCAGCACAGGAACAGAUGCUGGUGCAAACAGCACACCCAGCUAAAGGCAGGGCAUUCUCCCCUUGGGCAGCUUCUCCCACUCCAGCUGGUAUCAGCCCUUCUUCUGCAUGAACAGGGUGCCAGGCAGCUGCAGCCAGGGUGAGGACUGUGCCCUACAGCAGUUCAGAGCAGGCUUUUACAGAAAGCAAGCCAUUAACACAAGUCCUCUCUUGCCCAGGCCAAAAGCAAAGGCAGCAUCCCCAAGAAGCAUGGGAGUUGAAUUCUGUUGCUUUAAUUCUGCUGCUGCCUGGCAUGACAGAGGGUGGGGAGUGGGAUGGGAAGUUGCUCACAUGGAUGCUGGGAAGCCCUGGGUGGGCUGUGGCUUUGUGCUGGGGGUGACCAGGGUUUCUGUGCUGGUUUUGCCAUGUGAGGCAUGUGACUCACACGCCACCCUCGCCGCUCCCAACCCAUACCAACCUUGGCUGCCAAGCCCAGCACCUCUUCAGGCCUGGGCUAGCCCAUGCAGAACAGCUCCCUGCCGCACUCAGCUAGAUCACCUUCCCCCUUUGAUGCUUCUAAUUCUGGAUGCCAGUUAAAUUAGCCAGUGAAAUAGCUUGGAGGAGGGAAAGACAGUGAGUACCAAGCCACCCGCUGCACUGAGUGCAAUGUCUUGUCUUGAGGCUGCAAGUGAAAGACACAUAGGUCAGACCUCAGGCAAAAACCCCAAAGGAGCAGAGCUGAGCAAAGACAGGAAUCCCAACAGAUUACCCCUUACCCAAAAUCCUCUUACCCACUCUAAACCUAGAGGCUGGAAGCCUGAAUCCUUUAGUCUUAGUUGCUGAGCAGCCAGACAGCUUCUGCAGUGCAGGAGAGCCAUUCUCAACAUGCAGUAAGGAAGCUAUGCACAGGGCAGAUAAGGAUUUGCUUACCUGUACAUACUGGAGCAGCCCAAGGUGUACGUGCUAUACAGGUGUUACCAUAGACAGGAGCACAGAGGCUGGAGGGGACCAGAAAGUCUUAAUUCUACCUCUAGAGCACAAGAGAUGAUGGAGGUCUUGUGCCAGAAAGAGCUGACAGGAAAGGAAUCAGGGAAGCAACAAACUGGUACCAGCUGGGGUGAACCCAACUCUCAAAUCUCUUCCCUGAUGCUUAUUCUCUUCCUGGCAUUGUAUCUGAGGCUAUAAAUCCCACAAGGACUAGGCUGAAAGCAAAGCACUCAAGGGGUGCCAAGGAUAGGCUUGGACUGGUUGCACUCUUCCACCCUCCCAAACUUGGGGCCAGCAGAGUUUCAUGUGGGCUGGGGAGGACAUGACAAAGACUUGCUGGAGACAGAGACAAGCUGUCCUGACCUGAGAGCUUGUCUCUCCCACUCCAAUCACCUCCAUAAUCUACAGCAUGACCUUGGUCUGUGGAGAGCAAAUCUCAGCACCCUUUCCUCCCCGCCAUCCCACCAGCAAUCCUUCCGGAGCAGCAGCAGGAGCAGCAGCCUCUGGAAGGAGGACACAGCCAUCAAGGUGAUUUGUUGAGACGAUCAAAUAAUAAUUUACUGUGAUUCAAUCUGUGGCUUUGUACAGUUGCCGGGGUGAGAGGAGCCAAAGGAUGAGGGGAUGGGGAUAAAAAAAAAAAGAAGUUGUUUGCCGCAGGCUUGGGUGAAGUGCGAGAUAGUCCUUGGAGU